AUGGAUUCUCAGCUGGCUGAGGCUCGCGCUUUGGAAGCCGAGAUCACUUUGAGGCGGGCGUGCGUGGAGCCGCUGGCACCCGGGGAAGACACCUCCCGAGUUCAAAAAUCAUUUCAAGCAAUAUACCAAGCAGACUCUGAAGGAUGGGAAUUGUCAAAAGAUCUGAGAAGUCAUCUUGGACAUUUAGAAUCAGAACUUCAGUUUCUAAGUACGCUUACUGGCAUCAGUAUAAGACAUUACUCCAAGAAGACAGAGGACCUAAUGAGCACUGAGAUGACAGAAAAGAGUAUAAAGAAAGUUCUGCAGAGACACAGAUUAUCAGGAAAUUGCCACAUGAUUACAUUUCAACUUGAAUUUCAGCUUCUGGAAAUCCAGAAUAAGGAGAGUUUAUCUUCUGUUAUUACUGACCUCAGCAUAAUAAUGGAACCCACCGAAUAUUCAGAAUUAAGUGAAUUUGUGUCUAGAGCAGAAGAAAGAAGAGAUCUGUUUAUGUUUUUCCGAAGCCUACACUUCUUUGUGGAAUGGUGUGAAUAUCGUAAGUGCACAUUUAAACGUUUCAAGGAAAAGUACCCAGAGGCUGUGCACCUUUCAGAGGGGGCCUUGUCCAGCUGCAUGGGUAUCAGGAGCCCCAGUAGACCAGGGUUUGAACUAGUAAUCGUUUGGAGGAUUCAAAUAGAUGAAGAAGGGAAGGUUUUGCCAAAGCUGGAUCUUCUCAACAAAGUGCCGCUGCAAGCCCUGGAACUGGACAAGAACGGAGUCAUAGAAACUGCUCCUCUCAGCUUCCGAACCCUACUGGGUGUGCUGGGCAUUGAAGCCACUCUGGAAAGUCUGAUUAAAUCACUUCAUACAGAGACAAGCAACUAG